GAGCACUCCCCUCAGCCCUCAUUUUGCUGGUACACGAAGCAAGGCGCGAGACAGAGAGCGAGAAUGCGGAGCGGCGGCGGCGGCGGGCGGGAGGACGAGGAGGCCGGGCAGAAGCUCAAGAGCAUGGGCUCGGGCAAGAUGGAGAAGGGCGGCGGCGGAGGGGGCGGCAGCAGCGGCGACGACGACAGCCCGCACCCGCCGCGGCCGGCCGUCAAGUACCACGGCUGGAAGGCCAUGCCCUUCAUCAUAGGGAACGAGACGUUCGAGAAGCUGGGGACGCUGGGCACGUCGGCGAACCUGCUGGUGUACCUGACGCAGGUGUUCCACAUGCGGAGCGUGGACGCGGCGACGCUCCUCAACGGCCUCAACGGCACCACCAGCCUCGCCCCCAUCGUCGGCGCCUUCCUCUCCGACGCCUACCUCGGCCGCUACCUCGCCCUCGCCAUCGCCUCCGUCGCAUCCCUCAUCGGCAUGUUCUUCCUGACGCUGACGGCGGGCGCGGACAGCCUGCACCCGGCGGACUGCGGUGUCGGCGAGGUGUGCCAGAAGGCCAGCUCCUACCAGCUCGCCGUGCUCUUCAUCUCCUUCGCCUUCCUCGUGAUCGGGUCGGCGGGGAUCCGGCCGUGCAGCAUGCCGUUCGGGGCGGACCAGUUCGACCCGCACACCGAGUCGGGCAGGAGGGGGAUCAACAGCUUCUUCAACUGGUACUACUUCACCUUCACCUCCGCCAUGCUCGUCUCCGCCACCGUCAUCAUCUACGUGCAGAGCAACGUCAACUGGGCCAUCGGCCUCGGCAUCCCGACGGCGCUCAUGCUCCUCGCCUGCGUGCUCUUCUUCAUGGGCACGCGCCUCUACGUGCGCGUCAUCCCAGAGGGCUCCCCCUUCACCACCAUCGUGCAGGUGUUCGCCGCCGCCUUCGCCAAGCGGUCCUUGAAGCAGCCCAAGGACCCCAAGCAGGACCUCUUCGACCCGCCGCACACCAGCGCCAUCGUCUCCAAGCUCACGCACACGGACCAGUUCCGGUGCCUCGACAAGGCCGCCAUGGUGGCGGGCCCCGAGGAGGUGCGCUCCGGCGGCGCCGCCGCGGCCGACCCGUGGCGGCUCUGCACCGUGCAGCAGGUGGAGGAGGUGAAAUGCCUCAUCCGCAUCGUGCCCGUCUGGUCCACCGGGAUCAUCUACUACGUGGCCGUGGUGCAGCAGUCCACCUACGUCGUCUUCUCCGCGCUGCAGUCCGACCGCCGCCUCGGCAGCAGCUUCCACGUCCCCGCGGCGUCAUUCACCGUCUUCGCCAUGCUCGCGCAGACGCUCUGGAUCCCCAUCUACGACCGGCUCCUGGUGCCCCGACUCAGGAAGGUGACCGGCAAGGACGAGGGCUUGACGCUGCUCCAGCGCCAGGGCAUCGGGAUCGCGCUCUCCACCGUGGCCAUGAUCGUCUCGGCUGUCGUCGAGGACCGGCGGAGGGACAUCGCGCUGAACCAGCCCAACAUCGGCACGACGCAGACCGGGGGCGGCAUCUCCGCCAUGUCCAGCUUCUGGAUGGUGCCGCAGCUCAUGAUCCUCGGCCUCUCCGAGGCAUUCAACCUCAUCAGCCAGAUCGAGUUCUACUACAAGGAGAUCCCGGAGCACAUGCGGAGCGUCGCCGGCGCGCUCGCCUUCUGCAACCUCGCGCUCGGCAACUACCUCAGCGGCUUCCUCACGACGAUCGUGCACCGGACCACCGGGGCGGGCCAGAACUGGCUGGCGCAGGACCUCAACAAGGGCAGGCUAGACCUCUUCUACUGGAUGAUCGCCGGCAUCGGCGUCUUCAACUUCGUCUACUUCAUGAUCUGCGCCAGGUGGUACAGGUUCAAGGGCACCAGAGACGCCUGAGCUUUGCACAACGAUGCAAUAGAAUAAGGUCAGGUGAUUAAUUGGCGUGUCCUAUACUUUGUUGUUGUAAUUUUUUGGUUCUGGUGUUGUGAAAUCAAUCAAUCUAUAGAUGAAGUGGGUGGGGAAAGAAAAGAAGAAAGAUAGUAGGCAACAAUGGCUGGUUAAUUUCUUGUAAGUUGUUAAAAUGAAGGAAACAACAAUGAGGUGGUUAAUUUCUUGUAAGUUGUCCAAAUCAUAUGAAAGGUAAAUGAAUGUCUUUCACUGUA